AUGAGUGGUGAGCUCCAGGUAAACUACAUAGUACUAACCGUGACCUUACAUUACGGGGAAAAAAGCAACAGGUACCGAGCGGUCAGGAGGCGAGACCAGAUCUGCCCAAAGUCCCAAAGAACCCGGGGGUAUCUGCGCCCUCUAGCCAGGGUCGACCCCAUCUGGACGACGGACCGCCUGGUGACCCUCGACGAAGACACGCUCCUGGAGACGGCGUGGCGCGGCCUCAACUUCUCGCUCCGCCCGGGCCAGGUCGAGCGAGGUCAGGUCAGGGUCAAGUGCGUGGCGUCGUACCCGAAGCUGUACUGGAAGAGCUCCGAGGUCGUCCUUCAGGUGGUGGGCGCGGAGGGCCUCGCCGGCGCCAGUGGGUACAAUUCGCAAGGAUUCGCGCUGACCGACAUCGCUCACCCGCUGGACAUCGCUCCCGUUCUCCUGUUUUUGCCUUGUCUACACUUUAUCGUCGCCUUCUUCUAGCUCCCUCUUUUUCUUUUCUAUCGUCGCCUUCUUCUAGUUCCCUCUUUUUCUUUUCUAUCGUCGCCUUCUUCUAGUUCCCUCUUUUUUUUUUCUUUUCUCAUGUUUUCUUUUCUUAGCUUCUGUUCUUUCGUGCCUCUUUUUGUAUCGAGUCUCUGUCUCGUCUCUGGCAGGUUGUUUGUAUAUAUAUAAAAAUAUUUUUUUUUUUUGUACUGUUUUUUUUUUUUUUUUUUUUUUUUUUCAUCCGCUUUUGAUGUUAUGUUUGUGGCUGUGUAUUUUUCCUCCAUUUUUUUUCUAAACGUAAGAUGUUCAAAAGUGUUUUCGCCGAUAAUUGCUGAUUUUCGUUGCCUUUAUAUAUUUAAUUCCUCUGCUACUCUCUUUUACUCUCUCUCUAUCUCUCUCCUUUUGUCUCUCCCUCUCUCCCUCCCUCCCUCUUAUUCUCUCUCUAUUUAUGCUUCACACCUUUCUUUUCUGUUCUACCUCCUCUCUUCUCCUCACCUUCUUUC